CUGACACUGAACCACACGCACAAGCAGCGCACCAUAGAUACCCUUGCAUCGCGGAUAAAACUCUCGAGAGCGAAAUUUAAAAAUUUGUCUAAAAUGAAGUGGUUUGCUUUGAUUUUUUUGUGCGCGGUGAGUUGGGUUCAAUGUUACAAAAUUUUGGUCCUAUUUCCAGCGACGUCGCCCAGUCAUUUUAUCCUGGGCAACGCUUUGGGGAGGGGGCUGGCGAAAGCGGGUCACGAAGUAACCGUACUUAGCCCCUUCCAGGAUAAAAAUCCCCCGAAGAAUUACAGAGAGGCGGUUUUGACUGGAUUGUUGGAACAAAAUGAUAAAGUUACCCCAGUCAAUUUAUUCGACAUGGAAAACAUGCAUCCAUGGUUAAGCAUUUAUGUUAUGAAUUUUCUCGGUAACGACGUAGUUAACAAAACAUUCGAACAUGUAAACUUCAAGAAACUACUAAACGAAAAGUUCGACUUAAUCAUCAUGGAACAAUUCAAGUUUGAUGCGAUGAAAGCUCUGAGCUGUCACUUCAAUGUCCCACUGAUAAUGGUCAGUACCAUUGGAGCGAACGUUUGGGUCAACGUGGAUACAGCCAAUCCAUCGCCGCCAUCUUAUAUACCGGACGUUUUCUUGAGCUAUUCCAGUAAGAUGAAUUUAUGGCAAAGGACUUUCAAUUCGUUGACGAUUUUGGUGCAAAUAUUGAACAACAAUCUGAUAUUCUACCCCGCUCAGAGGAAAUUCGUACAAAAAUAUUUACCGAAAUGUGCCGAUUACGAUUUUAAUAAUGUAUCUUUCUAUCUGCUAAACACGCACGAAAGUAUCUCGGAAUCAGUACCACAGGUACCCAGUGCAAUUAACGUCGGUGGCUUCCACAUUAAUCCGCCCAAAGAGUUGCCGAAAGAUCUGAAAAAGUACCUAGAUAAUGCUGACGAUGGCGUUAUCUACUUCAGCAUGGGUUCCAAUAUCCAAUUGUCUAAAGUUAAACCCGAAAUUAGAGAUACUUUAACUAAGGUAUUGAGAAAAUUAAAGCAGAGAGUUUUGUGGAAAUACGACGAGGAUACGUUGCAUAGAAAACCUGAUAAUGUUAAACUGGGAAAGUGGUUUCCACAAUCAGAUAUUUUAGCCCAUCCAAAUGUCAAACUAUUCAUUACUCAUGGAGGAUUACUGAGUACCUUGGAAACAAUUUAUCAUGGAGUACCGGUACUCGCUUUACCUGUGUUCGGAGAUCAAAAACUAAAUGCAGCUAAAAUGGAAACUCUUGGCUAUGGGGUCAAACUUUCAUUUUCAGCUAUUACCGAAGAGGACUUGACUGAGGCAUUAAAUAAGAUAUUAAAUGAUCCAAAAUACCGAGAAAAUGCUAAAAUGAGGUCAAAACUAUUCCACGAUCGACCUAUCAAACCCAUGGAUGAAAUUUUAUAUUGGGUUGAGUACAUCGUUAGACAUAAAGGCGCACCUCAUUUACAGAUUGCUGGUAAAAAUUUACCGUGGUACCAAUAUUUACUUCUAGACGUCGUUCUCCUGGUGGUUCUGUUCGUUACUAUUCCAAUAAUUUUACUUUAUAUAAUUUGUAAAAAACUUUGUUGUUCAGGAAAUGAAAAAAAGAAACAGAAAAAAGAAUAA